AUGGAUAACAAUUCUAAUGUAUCAAAGGAGUUUGUUAGAGAGUUUUUCUUCGAUGAUUCUCUCGAAGAACGUCGGCUUAAUCUCUUUAAUCAACUUUACGGAGAAGGCACUUCAUCAACGCCUCGGAGGACGAUAUACAGAAACCGUGAAGCAGGCCAUGAACGUCUAAUGAGAGAUUAUUUUGUUGAAAAUUCAGUGUAUACUCUAGAGACAUUCCGAAGGAGGUUUCGAAUGGGAAGGCAUAUUUUUCUUCGUAUUGUGGAAGCUCUUUCAAAUUUUGAUCCAUAUUUCCAACAAAGGGCAGAUGCAUUGGGAAGGAAAGGCUUGUCGCCUCUACAAAAAUGCACUGCAGCCAUGCGUAUGUUGGCUUAUGGAGUAUCUGCCGAUGUUGUUGAUGACUAUGUGCGAAUUGGUGAGUCCACCGCGAUUGAAUGUUUGAAAAAGUUUGUCACUGAUGUGGUUUUGGUAUUCGAAAGUGAAUACUUGCGAAAACCAAACUUGAAUGAUGUACAACGUCUGUUACAGAUGGGGGAUGCUCGCGGUUUUCCCGGUAUGUUAGGUAGUAUUGAUUGUAUGCAUUGGCAGUGGAAAAAUUGUCCAAAAGCAUGGAAAGGGAUGUUUAUGAGUGGUCACAAAGGGAUACCAACACUCCUACUUGAAGUAGUUGCAUCGUCCGAUCUAUGGAUAUGGCAUGCAUUUUUCGGAGUUGCCGGUUCUAACAAUGACAUAAAUGUAUUAGAUCGGUCACCUUUAUUCGAUGAAGUACUAGAAGGUCGUGCUCCAGAAAUAAACUACACGGUGAAUGGUAACAACUACAACUUGGGGUACUAUUUAGCUGAUGGAAUAUAUCCUGAAUGGCCAACAUUCGUCAAAACAAUUUCACGUCCACAAGGUGAAAAAAGAAAAUUAUUUUCUAAAUAUCAAGAGGGUCAAAGAAAAGACGUUGAACGAGCAUUUGGUGUGUUGCAAUCUCGUUUUGCAAUUGUACGUGGUCCUGCACGAUUCUGGGAUAAAGGAGAUCUAGCAAAAAUAAUGAGAGCAUGCAUUAUACUUCACAACAUGAUUGUCGAGGACGAGAGAGACACAUAUGCUACUCCAUUUGGUCCGCUACCAUCUUACGAUGACACGACAAACGGAUUAACACAACCAGAUUUGGGCGAGGAACCUCUUGCUCCGUAUGAGAAUUAUAUCGAAAAAAAUAUUCAAAUUCGUGACAGACAAAAAUAUCGUCAAUUACAAACCGAUUUGGUGGAGCAUAUUUCACAAUUCUAUAAUGUCUGUCAAAAUGUUUAA